AUGGUGGCGUCUAUGGACGAUCUCUUGGCUCCAGCAGCCGCUGAAAUGGCUUCCGUUGCUGCGAAACCGCAGCGUCGUGUCGUCACGCUGCUCAUUGACAACUACGACUCGUACACGUACAACAUCGUGCAGAUGUUGGCUCAAGUGAAUGGCGGCGACUCGUCCAGCGUGACGGUCAUCAAGAACAACGACUUUGGCGGUCGGUUUGCCGCUGCUUGGGAUCAUUUCGUGGAUCAGACGAGUGCAAUUGCAGCAGCGGAGAACGUGGAGCUGGUGCGCAACGUUGUCCUUUCUCCCGGUCCUGGUCAUCCGGGCAAGCAAAACGAUUUUGGCAUGUGUGCCGAUGCUAUCCGUCAUGCAGUAGUGCCAGUGCUGGGCGUGUGUUUAGGACACCAAGGACUAGCACAAGUGUAUGGCGGUCAGGUCGUGCGGGCGAGAGAGGUCAUGCAUGGCCGCACCAGUCGGGUGUGCGUUAACGAAAAGAAGAAAGUGCUUUUCGCCCACGUACCCGACGGAUUUGAGGCCGUACGGUAUCACUCGUUGGUCAUUGACCCGACUAAUGUACCAGACGAGCUAGAAGUGAUCGCGCAGACAGACGAUGGAGUGAUCAUGGCGGUGCGUCAUCGAGCCAAACAGCAGUUUGGCGUGCAGUUCCACCCGGAAGCAGUGUGCAGUGAACAUGGCUACCAGCUUUUUCAGAACUUUCGGGACGUCACGUUAGGACGAUGCGCCUCGAAGUGUGAUUUGCACCACAGCAGCAAUAGAAACACGAAAGAUACGACGCAGACUCAGGGCAUGCACCCGGCCGUACCUCAGGCGCCAACCUAUCGUGUUGUGAUUCAGCGUGCUCUGGGCGGACUUGCAUCGCUAGACUUUGCCGAGUACGUGUUUACAAAGUUGUUUGGCGAUUCCAAGAGGUCGUUCUGGCUCGACAGUAGCAACUACGAUGCAGUAGCAAGUACAGGCGCAGCAAUGCAGUCGCGAUGCUCAAUGAUGGGCGACGACAGUGGACCCUUGAGCUAUUGCGUAGAGUAUGACGUUGUCAAGGUGGAGCUUUGCGUACGUCGGCGCCGACCACAUGCUGACGACGAGCACGUCGAGAUUGUUCCUGAACAGCAUGUGCUGACUCAUGUGCAAGAGAUGAUACGACGACACAGUUGCCACGAGAUUGUAUUUACCGACAGCGAAGGACGUGAUCAACACGUGAAUGUCGAAGUACCUUUUGCCUUUCGCGGUGGUUUUGUGGGCUACAUUGGAUACGAAGUACUGGGCAGUGAACGAGAGGGCAUGAAACGAUACGACGGCGACUGCGGAGAAGUAAGCGAUGAGCGUGUGCCAGAUGCCUCGUUCCUGUUUGCUGACCGAACGCUGGUGUUUGAUCAUCGUGAUGGCGUUGUUUACUCACUCACGUUGAGCGAGAGUGAUGCCGAAAGCGCAACUGCGAGCAAGAACUGGCACCAAGCAAUGAAGAAGCGGUUGGAGCAGUGUUGCGAAGAGUUUUGUCAGAUACCUGACGCACGUCCACCACGAUCAGUGGACGUCGCCGUUGAAAAGAGCGACGUCAUUUUCCGCCCGUCGCGAACUCGAGCGCAAUAUGUGGCCGCUAUCGAUGAGAUACAACAUUUGAUCCGAGAAGGAGAGACCUACGAAGUGUGUUUGACGAACCACUUGCGUGCAGAGUAUGCUCUACUCGAUCCGCUGGCAUUUUACCGUAUGCUGCGUCAGCAAAACCCAGCUCCCUACGCCGGAUUUUACCUCAGCAACCCGCACAAUCGUUUCCAGACUCCAGCCCAGUUUGAUGCAGCCAACAGUGUUGAUGGUGCGAAGGAUACAUACGCAGUGUGCUGCUCUUCGCCCGAGCGAUUUCUACGGAUGGGAGCCGAUGGCUUGAUGGAGUCCAAGCCCAUCAAAGGAACACGUCGUCGCGGCCGUGAUCCUGCAGAAGAUGCCGUCAUUGCCGAGGAACUUGCCAACUGUGAGAAAGACCGGGCUGAAAACAUGAUGAUUGCUGAUCUCGUGCGCAAUGACUUUGGAGCUGUAGCACUUGUCGGAUCGGUUCAUGUGCCUCGGUUGAUGGACGUUGAGGCAUAUGCCACUGUCCAUCAGCUCGUGACUACCGUACGUGCCCAACGACGCGAGGAUGUAGAUGUAGUCGAUGUGCUCCGAGCUACAUUCCCUGGUGGAUCGAUGACAGGUGCGCCCAAGAAGCGCACGAUGCAGAUUAUUCGAGAGCUUGAGCGUGGUCCGCGUGGAGUGUAUUCCGGAGGACUAGGCUUCUUGUCGAUUGAUGGCAGCUGUGAUUUGAACAUGAUCAUUCGCACAGCAAUUGUGACUCCGAACAGUGUCGUGCUUGGUGCUGGUGGAGCUAUCGUAGCACUCUCUGAUAGCGAGAAGGAGUAUGACGAAAUGUUGCUCAAAGCGCGAGCUCUUGUCGCAGCAAUUGGUGCGUACGCCACGGGCAAAGAUAACGGUAUGGGAGCCCGGGUGGUUGUCGAAUAA